UGAAGAUAUUUUUUUUUAUCCUACUGUGAACAAAAGUAGAAGCCAUCUUCACCCCAUAGUACACAGGCAAUUGGAGCGUAGCCCAAGAUUUGGACGAGGUUUGAGGAACUAGCUGGGUCGAUUCGUUAGAUUUUUUUGCGUGCCUGCCUUUCAGUAUUUUGUUUAUUUUCAAAACUCAAGAUAGUAUGCAUGUCAAACAUGUUUGCGAGCUAAUUACCUUGCGAGGUACUUCGAUAAAUCUACAUAAAACGUUCCUAUAAGUAAAAUAAAAUACUCAACAAUGCCUUUUGUGGCUAAACGAUGCGGUGUUCAAUUCAGCCCACCAUCAAUCGUUUUAAUUUAUGAAAGUAAUGUUAAGGAUACAAACAAGAUUCGCAAAAGAAUCAUACCUGUGAGGAACUUCUCGAACUGUUCAGACUGCUGCAUGGCUGCGGAGAGAAUGAAGCACCAUAUUCGACACAGGGCAUACCUGGAGACUGUUUCAUUGGGGCAACUGGAGAGGCUUCAUAUAGUGCUGCGGGAUCACAUGCAGGGCCACAGCCUGGAGCACACUCUAGCCUCCCUCCGCCUGGACCCAGAGGAGGACCUCAACAAGCUGGAUGAUGAGGAGCUUGCACGCAAAAAGGUCCAAAUGGACAAACUCUUUGAGUGCAACCGAAGGCGGAAAGAUGACCCUGACUUUGUCUAUGACCUGGAGGUGGAAUUUAAAGGGGAGGUUGCUCAGGAACCAUGCAGCUGGGAUGAAGAGGAGUCUGAUGAUGGGUUUUAAAAGAACACAGAUCAGACUGGGAGUGUUUCAGUUUGUCGACAAAGCACCCUACCUGAUCUUUAGUGAUUGAAUAAUACUCAUUCCUUUGCACAGGGCAGUUGUUAUUCUGGCCCUUUGCUCAAUUAAGCCAUCAACAACAACCAUAUCCAACUGGACGUGGAUAAAAAUACAAAAACAGUUAAAAUAAUAUCCUUACAGAUGCUAUUGAAAUAUUGAGUAGUUGUACAUGUUUAUUGAUAUGAAACUUACAUUUACAAAAUACAAAUACUUUGUCUCCUUGA